GACUGAUAAAGGACAAUUAAGUGUGGAAGUAAAAGAGUUUGUUUUAUUAAGUAGGUGUUUGAGACCCAUUCCCAGUUCUUACUACGGAUUUAGCGAUACCGAGGAAAGAUUUCGCAAUCGGCCUUUAGAUUUUAUUAUUAAUAAACAAAAAAAGGAAAUCUUUUUCACUCGCCACCAAUUAAUCAAGAACAUUCGCCAGUUUUUAGAGGAAAAAAAAUUUAUUGAAAUUGAGACUCCCAUUCUGGUUUCGGAGGCUUCCGGAGCGCAGGCUAAGCCUUUCAUUACUCACCACAACAAGUUACACCGAGAUUUUUAUUUGCGAAUUGCCACUGAAAUACCCCUCAAAAAACUGUUGGUGGGUGGCUUUGAAAAAAUUUAUGAAAUCGGUCGAAUUUUCCGCAAUGAGGGCAUAGAUGCUCGGCAUAAUCCUGAAUUUACUACUGUUGAGGUUUAUCAAGCCUAUGAAAAUGCGGAAUAUAUGAUGAAUUUGACAGAAGAAUUAUUUCAUUAUUUAGCCGAAAAAGUUUUUCGCCAACAAACGGAAUUUACCUUUAAUUCUUACAAUAUUUCUCUUAAAAAACCUUUUCGCAGACUGUCAAUGAUCGAAGCGAUUAGAGAACACACAAACAUAGAUUUUGCCAAAAUAAAUGGUUUAGAAGAAGCCUAUAAACUGGCCCAAAAAUAUAAUUUAAAAUUAGAAAAAUUUCAAAAAACCACUGGACAUGUUAUCUUGGCCUUUUUUGAGGAGUAUGUAGAACAAAAGUUAAUUCAACCCACUUUUAUUUAUGAUUAUCCAGUAGAAGUUUCGCCCUUGGCUAAAAGCAAGCCGGAAAAUGAAAAAGUUGCUGACCGAUUUGAACUUUAUCUUGGCGGAUUAGAAUUUGCUAAUGGCUAUAGCGAGUUAAAUGACCCCGCAGAGCAAAAAAAAAGAUUUGAAGAACAAACCAAACAAAAAGAAUUAGGGAAUGAAGAAAUUGCCAGUUUUGAUAAGGAAUUUUUGGAAGCCUUAGAGUAUGGUAUGCCCCCAGCCGGAGGGUUGGGGAUUGGGAUAGACAGGUUGAUAAUGUUGUUUGCGGAGCAAAAUAGUAUUAAGGAAGUGAUUGCAUUCCCGCAGUUGAAAA